AGAAUGACCACUCAGCGCAGCUGUACCACAUAUCCCUGGCUGUACACAGGCGGGCUAGAGCGUCGAUGUGGCUCUACUUCAUCUAGAAAUUAGAUGAUGUCUGCAACCCACUGUAUAAUAUUUAUGAGCACCUUUUUAUUUUUAUUUUUGAACUCUGCACCCUCAGUUGUGAUGUUUGUUGACAGUUUGCGAUGCCACGGAAAUCUGGACCAAUUCGUCCUGUCCAGUACCACUUUAGGGGGAGUAACAUUUUCUAUGUAGGGGAAUGAUAUCUACAGUUAGACCCUUUAUUUGGUGUGUCAAUGACAACAGAAUACUGGACAAAAGAAGAUAGCCUUGAGAAACUCCGAUUAGGCUGUACCCGAGUAGACCUAUAUAGUCUAUUGUAUUGCACACCUCGCUGAUUUCUGCAUUUGUGUCCCGUACAUCAUUUCAACGUGCCAUGCUACACGAAGUUGCGAUAUAAUGGGAGACAUUUAGUCCAUAUUAUUAUCAUUCUUAACUAUAGCGGGACCAGAACAAUCAUCGUAAUACUUCCACCUACCAAAUCAAUAUGCUUCGCUCGACAGUCUUUGCCUUGCUUGCAAGAAGCCCCAGAACCACUGGCACUUGGAGAUCUACACUUAAUAGAUCAACAAAUAUUGGAAUACUGUGCAAUAGAAAGCAAGGUCUUGCAAUGUCAGCAAAUUGUUCAUCCCAGCAACCUCAGGUCGUAGUGGUCACCGGCUGCUCAUCAGGCAUCGGGCUAGCCACGGCCAAUCUCCUGGCCAAGGACCGUGAGAGGAGGUUCAUCGUCUAUGGAUCCAUUCUCGGCUCGCUUGACGAGGAGCAGACGUUCUGUGAAACCACCGGGAACGCCCUCAACGAUACCCUCUUUCCUGUCCGACUUGAUGUGACCAAGGAUGAAGACGUCGAGGCGGCCGUUGCCAUGGUGAUGGAGCAACAAGGGCGCAUCGAUAUCCUAGUGAACAACGCCGGAAUCAAUACGAAGAAAACUAUGGAGACGAUGAGCAUGAGCGACAUCCUUGGGCUCUAUGACAUCAACCUGUUCGGCUAUCUUCGGAUGAUGAGAGCGGUCCUGCCGAUCAUGAAGAAACAAGAAUCGGGAAGAAUCAUCAAUAUGUCCAGUAGAAAUGCAAUUGAAGGAGCUCCGUAUAUGAAUAUCUACACUUCAUCCAAAUUCGCCAUUGAAGGGUUAAGCGAGGAGACGGCGGUGAUUGGACGAUUCUUCAAUAUAUGGGUCAGUUUAAUUCAGCCGGGCGCCGUCAGCACACCCAUCAAUGAAACCAUGGUUUCUAGCGGUCUCGGUGGUUUGGGGUCAAAGAGCAUUUCAGAUAACCCGGAUGUGCACGAGAUUGAUCGCAAGUUGAGCAUGUACCGCGACCACGACUUGGAGUGGUCCAAAUGCCCUUCGAUCACGGCUGAGGAUGUCGCGCACGUGGUCCUUCGCGCUGCCACCGACGUCAAGCCGCACUUCCGAUACCAGACUCAAGAGGCAGUCGCGGCACUGGCGGAGCGAAAGUACCGGGAUCCUACCGGAGACGAGUUUAUUGACUACUCGGCCGAUAGAUUGAGACCAUUUUAUGGUAAGGCUGGACACGAAUAAGAUUCACUGGCUCCCAGUGAGACAGAGGCUAGA